UUUUGUAACUCAACCAUGCUUCACAGAAGCAGUCUGGGGAAGCCAAACGCUCCAAAGACUUGCGAUGCAACUUCAAUAUUUUAACCAAUUACCUAGAGUAAAUGAAGAAAUAGAGAAGGAUUGUUGUGGUAUUGGCUCAGAUUUUGGACUUUUCAAGUCUGUAGAAGUAAAAAAUGACCAGUCUUCUUGUGUCAAUUGGAGGGGGAGAAGAGCAACGGUUUUCAUAUGCCUCUUUGAAGGUCAAGAUGGUGAAUUACGAGUUAUUCUUACAAAGAGAUCCAUGAAAUUGUCAUCUCACCCAGGGGAUGUAGCAUUACCAGGUGGGAAAGUGGAGGAAGGAGAUGCAGAUGACUCUACUACUGCCUUAAGAGAAGCCAAGGAAGAGAUUGGCUUGGAACCUAAUCUAGUUCAAGUUGUUGCCACUUUGGAGACUUUUAUUUCCCAGCACUUGCUCAAGGUCGUCCCUGUGGUAGGCCUACUUGCUAGGAAAGGAGAUUUCAAACCUUCACUCAACAUUGAUGAAGUUGAUGCUAUUUUUGAUGUUCCACUAGAGAUGUUUCUCAAGGGAGAAGGAAAGUCUUAAAAAAACUUAUAAUGGCGUAUAUUCAAAAUGACUUAACUCUUAGAUACACAACACACAAACUAUGAAAAAAAAAUUAAUACACUAAUUACACAAUAAAUGAAUAGAUUUUAAAAAUUCUAAAUACUAUACCAACCACCAAAAUAUCCAAUUCCCACUAAAGCUUUUCUUUAUACAUGAACGUGACCCCACCAUGGGGGACUGUAGGUAUGUGUGCUAUCUAUCUUAAUGAUGAGUACUUCAUUGCCUUGAUCACCAGGGGCGGAGCCACGUAGAGGCUUGGGGGGGCCGCGGCCCCUGCAAAAAAAAAAAAAAAAUUCCACUAGACUAUGAAGAAAAAAUAAAUGGGCCCCCUCAACAUUGGACAAUCGGCCCCCCCUCCCCACUUCUCAACUAUCCUCCCAGCCCAGCCCCAGCUUUAACACCCUCAGAAAGAAAAAAAAAAAUUCAUUUGUUCUACUUUCAAGCGAAAAAAAAAAAA